GUUACGUCAGGAAGCGUCAUUAUUUCUUAAGACGUUUCUCGUAGAGGCCCAGUGUAUUUCAUGCAGGUCCGCUUCUCAGAGACGAUUCGAGUAUUAGAGACUAGAAGUAAGAACUAUUCUUUUGAUCGGAGCCGGCGUUGCACUAUUCGUUCUUUGAUUAGAUUUACCUUGACUUAAUCUUUCUCAGUUAAAGCAUUUGUGAACGAUGGGAACUAGCAACGAUAUCUUCCUGUUAUUCGCCUCUUACCAGAAAAGCCUCGACGACGAGUCUCUCAGGGAGGAGAUACGAGAAACUACGAAUCAAAUCGAUCGGAUUUCAAGAGAAUUAAUAACGACAUUUCAAGUCAUUCAUUUUAACGACGCAACAAAAAACCUAGCAUCAUGUAGACAACACUAUACAACCUUGAGUAAAAUAAUACCGAAAAAUGAAUUUCACAAAUAUCACGAUAUGUGGAAAAUGUUGACGCAGAGGAUUGUUUUCACUGUAGCCCUGAUGAGAUUUUUAGAAGGAGAACUGGCGACUAGAGUGUACAUGGCUAAAAAAUUAUCAUUGCAGGUAGACUGCACGAAAGGGUUCCACUAAUUAGAAGACUAUCAUGGCUUGUUACAACUGGCGUCCGAACUGGCUUGGUAUGCUGUCACGAGUGCCACAGCUGGAGAUUAUUCAAGACUGAUACAGAUUUCGCAGUUCGUGACUGAGCUCAACGCUGGCUUUAGAUUGUUAAACUUCAAAAAUGACGCCUUAAGAAAACGCUACGAUGGCCUCAAAUAUGAUCUUAAAAAGAUGGAAGAAGUUGUGUAUGACUAUCUAUACUUGGGCUAAAGCCCGCUUAAAAAACAGAAGGGACUGUUGAAGGAGGAAACUAAUGUUUUAUAUAAUUAAGUGAAAACACUUUUCAUGGGUUAUUUGUUUUCUUUUGAGGCAGGUUGCCAAAAAGAUUCCUUGAUUUUUAUUUUACAAUAAAACAGAUACUUGUAUAAUUUUUUAUAUUAAAUUAAUAUUAUUACUCAUU